UGCCAGAACACCGGCAUUUUUGCGCCGAAUGAAGGGAGGCGCUAAGCGGCAACGCUGUGGGCCGAAGGGCCUUGACGUGAGUGAACGUCAAAAAUUUCCAAAAUAAAACAUAAACAAGGAAAAUGGAAGUGGGUGCUGUGAUCCGCCUGCCAGAAAACUGUCUGGAGCAGAUUUUCUCGUACUUGAGCUUGCGCGACCUCCGGAACUGUUCCCUAGUCUGCAAACGGUGGUACGACUUUUUGAACUUUGAAAACAACGAUGUGUGGCGGCUGCAUUGUAUCCGGAAGCUGGCCGAAGAAGCCCUGAAGUCCGACCUGCUGUCGUCCGUUCCCACUUACAAGGCGAAGCUACGGGCCUUCUACAACGCCUGGAACCCCAACGACUGUUCGCGAAACAUCUACAUCAAGCCCAAUGGGUUCACGUUGCAUCGGAACCCUGUGGCCCAAAGCACGGACGCCUGCAGAGGCAAAAUCGGCUUCAGACACGGCAGACACUGCUGGGAGGUGAUAUGGGAGGGCCCCUUGGGCACGGUGGCUGUCAUCGGGAUCGCCACAAAGGACGCCCCUUUACAGUGUCACGGCUAUGUGGCCCUGCUGGGCUCUGACGAGCAAAGCUGGGGCUGGAACCUGGUGGACAAUCACUUGCUGCACAAUGGGGACGCCCAGGGCAACUACCCCCUGCUGAACAACGCUCCAAAGUACCAAGUGGGGGAGCGCAUCAAGGUGAUACUGGACUGCGACGACAACACGCUCUCCUUCGAGAAGAACUACGAGUUCCUAGGGGUGGCCUUUCGGGGUUUACCUGACAAAAAACUUUACCCAACAGUCUCGGCCGUUUAUGGCAACACCGAGGUUUCGAUGGUCUAUUUGGGGGCGCCUCUAGAUGGCUAACAAACCCUGAACACGACCAGCUUGAUACAGUGCAAAAGAUGGAGAGAGAAUUCCUAUGUCUGCAACAUGAUGGUUUGGCCCCAAUGGGGCCCGAUUGAGGUCGGUCUGGUUUGCCCAUUGUGAUAUACUCUAAUCUCGUUUUGUCCUUUUUAACUUCCGACACCAACUGGGACCGGUCCUGGUUGUAAAUAUUGAGCGCUAGGACGGUUCUCUGCACCAAAUCGCUCACUCAAGUUACUCGUGAAGUGUUUGGUAUCAACUCUGCACUUUGGUUGAUUACAGUUUGACUUGAUUGGCGUCGUCUAACGAUGGAACUUCCACACGUGAAACUUUAUUUACAGUUUAUCCCAAGCAAGUUUUCCGAUUUGUGCUUCAAAAAUAGUGCUGAAAAAUUUCUAUUGAGACAUUGAGACGACGCCCUUUGAGCCCGAGUGGAGUUUCGGCGGCGAAUUCGCCAAAAUGUUGAGACACUCCACUUGAAAGACCCCGUGCGAUUUGGGAGGAAUUGAGGCCGCAGCCCUGUCUAGAAUGUUCCUAGUUUAAGGCUGGAAGCCCACUAACGAAAGGGUUUUAGGGGCUGUUUCCACUUCACGUACUUGAUCGAGUUGAAAGAGUCGUUUUUGCCAGAGAGGAUCGGAUAAUUGCUAAAUCAUUAGCGCUAGCAACUCACCUGGUAGGUUUUAUAGUGAGGACGAUCCGAAUCGUAGCUUUUUUGGGUGGUUUGAUGGACUAUUUCGAUUCAGAAGCAGAAGAGCAACUGGGGAUUAUGGGAGACUAAUAUUUUACCGGGUCGUGCGUAAGUUGGGCAAGGGUUCGGCAGAACAUUUGCUUUAAACUCUCGCAUUUGCAACGUUGAGCAAAGUGUUUUUUGAUGAAAAAAUUGCGAGAUGCUACAAAACACUGUGCAUUAAUAAUGUUCCAAAUCAAAUUUAUUCCUGGGUUUCAGCCAUUUAUUGUCUCUUGAAACACUGUCAGGAAAGUAUAUACAAAUAAUAAUGUUUCACGUUUUACCACCAAGUGAAGAAUUUCACAGGUUGUAGAUAAGUUCUAUAUCGUUGAGGCGGAGUCAUUUUUUCACAAACUGUUUGUUGGAUAUUUGGACAGAGUUUGUAAAAACAAAAAUUUACAAUUUUAUCUCCAAGAAUUUCCAAUAUUUUCUGCAAAAUUGACCAUCAAACCCCCAAUUUACUGGGAAAUUAAUCCCACUCCUGAAGAAGCUUUAACAAAAAAAAAACUGUUUCAAACACCCAGUAGAUUUGAAGGAACAGCCGCGAGUUCGUCCUUCGACUGCACUAGAAUAGCGAUAUUAGAUCUCAUAAUUGAACAGAUUUACUUUCGGAGUGAAUGUUGUUACACAUUUUGUUGAGUUUUACGCCUCCAGCACUAGUUCGAACACAUCUUCCACAUGGCAAUUGUUGGUUCAGCCGGUUGCUUUGUCCAUUUGUAAAUAGUAUUUUUGUACAGUGCCGCCCCUUAAUAGAUUAACUAGGAAAAUUACGAAUAAAAGCCAUUUCUUUGGAUGGUGCUCGGAUUUAUUGCCCUUCUUCGUCGUCUAGUCAUUUGCUGUGAUUUUUUCGUUUUGUUCUGUUUAGUCGUUCAUUCGCUCUCUAAUUGUUGUAUGUCUGUUUAGGUAGACGUGUUGAACAAAAUGUACAAAGUGUAUUUCUAUUAUUAGCAAUUUGAAAUAUAAAUUUAAUUACGUG